CCGGCGACGCGCAGCCGGGCCCGCUCCUCCUGCGCUCCGCCAGUGUCCGGCCGCGGGCCGGCCUUAGUGACUGGGGGCAGCGGGCCCGGGGCCGCGGGCGCGGGGCGGGCGCGGGCGCAGGCUGCCUUCGUCAGGCCCCGAGCUCGCCUGGAGCGAGCAGCCGCCCGCGAGCCACCGCGGAGCCUCCUCGCCCGCUCCCGCCGGCGAGCAAGAUGAUGUGCGAGGUGAUGCCCACCAUCAGCGAAGCGGAAGGCUCCCCGGGGGGGAGCGGGAGCCACGGGCCCAGCUCCCCCGCGCCGCCGGACGCGGACGCGCACUUCGAGCAGCUGAUGGUCUCCAUGCUGGAGGAGAGGGACCGCCUUCUCGACACCCUGCGGGAGACUCAGGAGACGCUGGCCCUGACGCAGGGCAAGCUGCAUGAGGUCAGCCACGAGAGAGACUCCCUGCAGAGGCAGCUGAACACCGCUCUGCCGCAGGAGUUCGCAGCGCUGACGAAGGAACUGAACGUGUGCCGGGAGCAGCUCCUGGAGCGGGAGGAGGAGAUCGCCGAGCUGAAGGCAGAGAGGAACAACACCCGGCUGCUGCUGGAGCACCUGGAGUGCCUGGUCUCCCGGCACGAGCGCUCGCUGCGCAUGACCGUGGUGAAGAGGCAGGCCCAGUCCCCGGCGGGCGUGUCCAGCGAGGUGGAGGUCCUCAAGGCGCUCAAGUCCUUGUUCGAGCACCACAAAGCUCUGGACGAAAAGGUGAGAGAGCGCUUACGAGUGGCACUGGAAAGGUGCAGCCUGUUAGAGGAAGAGCUGGGUGCCACGCACAAGGAGCUGAUGAUCCUUAAAGAGCAGAACAAUCAGAAGAAAACACUGGCGGACGGGGUGCUUGACAUGAACCACGAGCCAGAAAGCACGCCGAGCACGAAUGGAAAGAGAUCUUCGGAUGGCUCCCUGAGCCACGAGGAGGACCUUGCGAAGGUCGUGGAGCUGCAGGAGGUCAUCGAUAAGCAGUCGCGGGAGCAAGGGCAGAUGAAGGAGCGCCUGGCCACCCUGUCCUCCCACGUGGCGGAGCUGGAGGAGGACCUGGACACGGCCCGGAAGGACCUCAUCAAGUCGGAGGAGGCGAACACCAAGCUGCAGCGGGACGCGCGCGAGGCCGCGGCCCAGAAGGAGGACAUGGAGGAGAGGAUCACCACGCUGGAGAAGCGCUACCUGGCGGCGCAGCGCGAGGCCGCCUCCGUGCACGACCUCAACGACCGGCUGGAGAACGAGAUCGCCAACAAGGAGGCCGCGCGCCGGCAGACCGAGGACAAGAACCGCCAGCUGCAGGAGCGCCUGGAGCUGGCGGAGCAGAAGCUGCAGCAGACCCUGCGGAAGGCGGAGACGCUGCCGGAGGUGGAGGCCGAGCUGGCACAGCGGGUGGCCGCCCUCUCCAAGUCCGACCUCUUGUCUUCUGGGAGCUCGGCCGCUAAGGACGCUAAACUGUGCGAACUCACUUCCCAGCUCAGGAAGGCCGAAGAGAGACACGGCAACAUCGAGGAGCGGCUGCGCCAGAUGGAGGCGCAGCUGGAGGAGAAGAACCAGGAGCUGCAGCGGGCACGGCAGAGGGAGAAGAUGAACGAGGAGCACAACAAGCGCCUCUCGGACACGGUCGACAAGCUGCUGUCGGAGUCCAACGAGAGGCUCCAGCUGCACCUGAAGGAGCGGAUGGCCGCCCUGGAGGACAAGAAUUCUCUGUUACGAGAAGUUGAAAGUACAAAAAAGCAACUAGAAGAAACUCAGAACGAUAAGGACCAGCUGGUACUGAACAUUGAAGCCUUGAGGGCUGAGCUGGACCAGGUGCGGCUAAGAGGCACCUCCCUGCACCACAGCCGACCCCACCUGGGCAGCGUCCCGGACUUCCGGUUCCCCAUGGCGGACAGCCCCGUGGACUCCUACAGCGGCGGCCCGGUGCUGCGGCGCCCCCAGAAGGGCCGUCUGGCCGCGCUGCGGGACGAGCCUUCCAAGGUGCAGACCCUGAACGAGCAGGACUGGGAGCGGGCCCAGCAGGCCAGCGUCCUGGCCAACGUGGCGCAGGCCUUUGAGAGCGACGCGGACCUGUCCGACGGCGAGGACGACCGGGACCCCCUCUUUGGCUCCUCCGCACUGCUGUCCCCCAGCGGGCAGGCUGAUGCCCAGACGCUGGCCAUGAUGCUCCAGGAGCAGCUGGACGCCAUCAACAAGGAGAUCAGGCUGAUCCAGGAGGAGAAGGAGAGCGCGGAGCAGCGGGCCGAGGAGAUCGAGAGCCGCGUGGGCAGCGGCAGCCUGGACAGCCUCGGGCGCUUCAGGUCCCUGAGCUCCAUCCCCCCGUACCCUGCCGCCUCGCUCGCGGGCUCCUCCCCGCCGAACAGCGGCCGCUCCACGCCACACCGGGUCCCGCGCAGUCCGGCUCGGGAAGUGGACAGACUGGGUGUCAUGACACUGCCUAGCGAUUUAAGGAAGCAUCGCAGAAAGAUGCCGGCUUCCCAAGAAGAGGUACGAGACGACAAGACGACGAUAAAGUGUGAAACGUCCCCCCCGCCCUCCCCGCGGUCCCUCCGCGCGGACAGGCUGCACAAAGGCGCCCCGCACACGGUCAGCCACGAGGACGUCAGGGACGUCAGGAACUCCACAGGCUCCCAGGACGGCCCCGUGAGCAACCCCAGCAGCAGCAACAGCAGCCAGGACUCGCUCCACAAAGCCCCCAAGAAGAAGGGCAUCAAGUCCUCCAUCGGCCGCCUGUUUGGCAAGAAGGAGAAGGCGCGCCCUGGGCACGUCGGCAAGGACGCACUGGGACAAGCUGGCGUCUCGGAGACAGAGAACGCGUCCCAGGACGGCCUGGGGCUCAGCAAGCUGGGCGGACAGGCUGAGAAAAACCGCAAACUCCAGAAGAAGCACGAGCUGCUGGAGGAGGCCCGGCGACAAGGCCUGCCCUUCGCGCAGUGGGACGGACCGACGGUCGUCGUCUGGCUGGAGCUCUGGGUGGGCAUGCCGGCCUGGUACGUGGCGGCGUGCCGGGCCAACGUGAAGAGCGGGGCCAUCAUGUCGGCGCUGUCGGACACGGAGAUCCAGCGGGAGAUCGGCAUCAGCAACCCGCUGCACCGGCUGAAGCUGCGGCUGGCCAUCCAGGAGAUCAUGUCGCUGACCAGCCCCUCGGCCCCGCCCACCUCCCGGACGACCACGGGGAAUGUCUGGCUCACGCACGAGGAGAUGGAGACGCUCGCAGCCACGCCGCAAACGGAGGAUGAGGAGGGAAGCUGGGCUCAGACGCUGGCCUACGGGGACAUGAACCACGAGUGGAUCGGCAAUGAGUGGCUGCCCAGCCUGGGCCUCCCGCAGUACCGCAGCUACUUCAUGGAGUGCCUGGUGGACGCGCGCAUGCUGGACCACCUGACCAAGAAGGACCUGCGUGGCCAGCUCAAGAUGGUGGACAGCUUCCACCGAAACAGCUUCCAGUGCGGGAUCAUGUGCCUGCGGAGGUUAAACUACGACCGGAAGGAACUGGAGAGGAGAAGGGAAGAGAGCCAGAACGAGACAAAAGACGUGCUCGUGUGGACCAACGACCGCGUGGUCCGCUGGGUGCUGUCCAUCGGCCUGAAGGAGUACGCCAACAACCUCCUGGAGAGCGGGGUGCACGGCGCGCUCAUAGCCUUGGACGAGACCUUCGACUUCAGCGUGCUGGCCCUGCUGCUGCAGAUCCCCACGCAGAACACCCAGGCCCGUGCCGUCCUGGAAAGAGAGUUCAACAACCUCCUGGUCCUGGGGACCGACCGGCGGCUCACCGAGGAGGACGACAAAGCCUUCAGGAGGGCCCCUUCCUGGAGGAAGAAGUUCAGACCAAAGGACGUGCGCGGCUUGGCAGCCGGCUCGGCGGAGACUCUGCCCGCGAACUUCCGGGUCCCCUCCUCCCUGUCCUCGCCCUCCAUGCAGCCAAAGAAGAUGCAGCUGGACGCAGGCAGUGUGUCGGGGACGCAGCGGCUGGACUCCGCGACGGUCAGGACCUACUCCUGCUGAGGCCCUGCGGUGUACCCACACUACUUCUACCGGUGACGCCGGGCCGGCGCCCCAGCGCUCCGCGGACCUGCAGCCUGCUCACACUCGUUACAUGGACCCUGAGAUAUUUUAUUACAGAGUUUUUAACUAGUGAGAAAUUCACGACUCCCCUAAAGAAAAUAUUUUAGAAUUUAAUGUUUCUUAUAUUUAUGUAAACUUAUGCCUUCAUUUAUAUAGUUACUUACUUUUUCAUGUAUAUCCAGGCUAUAAAUAUCCUUUCAGAUCAAUCCAUGUUCCUACGUCUAAUUUUAGUCUUUCCGACGAAUGUACUGUAAUGCUUGUAUGUAUAAAUCCUAUGGACAAAUAUAGGGCUUUUGUAAAUUAUGCAUUUAUUGUAAUUAUUAUUGUGUAAUUUUUUUAAUAAUAAACCGCGCCAGAGCGAAGG